AUGAAUGAAAAACAGCUCAAUCGCAUACUCCAAGAGGGCGAUAUAGAUGCUAUUGAAAAAGAGUUAAAAAGUGGUUUGAAUGUUGAUUUUACUUUUCAAGAGUUGUAUGCAACUAGUGACAAUAAUGGCUACGCUCUGCUUGACGUUGCAGUGGCAGCCCGACAAAAAGAAGUUGUCCAAUUUCUUGUGGACUGGGGUGCAGAUGUUAACAGAAUGCGUAAAUGGCCCGGGGCUACAAAAGAAUUGAUUAACUCCUUCUUUCUGCAGAACACAUGCAUGUAUCCUUGUCUAGUCCGUGGAGAUGUAGAAAUAGCAAGCAUCCUCGUGAAAGCAGGGUUUGACGUGAAUCUACAAGACAUCCGGCAGUGUUCUUCACUUUGGCACGCGGCUGAUUCCGGAAAUUGUAAACUAGUAGAUGUUAUUUUAAGUUCUCCCACUGUAAACGUUAAUUUACCUGAUAUGACUUUUUUACACCCACUUCAUGUGGCUGCUCUUCACGGACACAGCAAAAUCAUCACAUCUCUUCUGAGAAAAGGGGCUAAUGCGAACGCAGUUCACGUGUUUGGAAAUACCCCUCUAAUCUUGGCCUGUAAGACUAAUUGUUACGAGUCAGUACAUCAGUUGCUUCUCUAUGGAGCAGAUGUAAAUGCCGCAAACAUUUAUGGUGUGACACCGCUAUCUAAAUUUUUGCACAAUCCUUCAACGCUUCAAGAUGUACGAAUAUUUGGCUUACUUUUAAAGGCAGGUGCUUUGGUCUUUGAGUGCGAGUUAAAAGAAUGGAAGCAGCAAGAAGAUUUACAGGUUUUCUCAGAUUAUCCACAGAUUUAUGAGACUCUAAUUCUGAUGUCAUCGAGUCCUCCAUCUUUGAAGACUCUAACGUGUAAAUUUAUACGAUUUAGAGUUUUGCAAUGUUUAAAAGAUACAUCGGGUGAUAUCUAUUCAAAAAUCCAUCAAUUACAACUACCAUCUGUUCUUAAGAAAGAAUUAUUGCUGGAAUGUUAAAAAUCAAUUCCAUGAGGUACGCGAAUCGAAUAUUUAAAAAAAUAUUUUGUUCUACAUUGAUUUUGUCCUGCAUGAAAGAUCACUAUUGUUCCAAUUAAUUCUAUGGCAUCUAUGUUUGAAAAAGAACUUGCAUUGUCAAUCAACAAUUAAUGAGGAAGUCUACUGUAUGAAUUUCUUGUAAUUUGUUAAGUCAUGAUUUUUUGAAGGAUUCUUUUUUACGUACACUUUUUGUUAGUUUAUAUCAAUUUCGUUUAUAGGACGAGUUUUUAAAAAUAUG